AUGGGACGAAUGGAGGCUGGAGAAGUUGAGAGGGCUGAAGAAGAAAUGGGAUCCUCAGAACCGGAUGAGGUUCUACAAUCCUAUUGUCUAAGGCUACAGGUUUAG